AUGAGGUGGAUCCUGCUGCUCCAAGAAUUUGAUAUUGAGAUUAAGGAUAGGAGCGGAGCAGAGAACAAGGUAGCUGACCACCUCUCAAGGAUCCCACAAGAAGAAGAAAUACAGCAAGUAGCAGUAAAUGAAAGCUUUCCUAAUGAACAAUUGAUGAUGAUUCGAGUAGCCCCUUGGUUCGCAGACAUAGCUAACUUCAAGGCUAUUAGGGGGCUACCAACUAACAUCAAUAAGCACAUGAGGAGGAAGCUAAUUAAGGAUGCCAAAUACUACAUCUGGGAUUACCCCUAUUUGUUCAAAAAGUAUACUGAUGGUGUUCUAAGAAGUUGUAUACCCCAUGAAGAAGGGCAAGAAGUGUUAUGGCAAUGCCAUGGGUCAGCAUAUGGAGGUCAUUUUUGUGGAGAAAGGACAGCAGCAAAAGUGCUUCAAUCUGGAUUCUACUGGCCAACAGUAUUUAAAGAUGCCAAGGAAAUGGUGUCAAGGUGUGAUGAAUGUCAAAGAGCUGGUAAUCUAACCAAGAGGAAUGAGAUGCCACAACAAUACAUACUAGAGCUGGAACUAUUUGAUGUAUGGGGAAUAGAUUUCAUGGGACCCUUCCUAACUUUAUACUCAAAUAGCUACAUAUUAGUGGCUGUUGAUUAUGUUUCAAGAUGGGUAGAGGCCAUAGCUACUGCAACAAAUGACAACAAGUGUAGGAAGCUAGACGAUGCUCUAUGGGCCUACAGGAUAGCCUUCAAGACCCCCAUUGGGAUGUCACCAUACCAAUUAGUAUUUGGCAAGGCUUGCCACUUACCAAUUGAAUUGGAGCACAGAGCCUUCUGGGCUCUAAAACUACUAAAUUUUGAUGAGAAAGCUGCUGGAGAAAAGAGAUUAAUGCAACCCAAUGAACUGGAGGAGUUUAGAAAUCAAGCAUAUGAGAAUGCAAAAAUCUACAAAGAAAACACAAAAAGGUGGCAUGACCAAAAGAUAGCAAGAAGGGAGUUCAGUGAAGGACAGAAGGUGUUACUCUACAACUCAAGACUCAAGUUCUUCCCUGGGAAACUUAAGUCUCGAUGGUCAGGACCUUUCACUAUACUCAAAGUGUUUCCCUAUGGUCAUGUGGAGCUUAUGGAAGACAAGACUCAGAGAACUUUUUUUGUCAAUGGUCAUAGACUCAAACACUACUUGGGAGGCUCCUUGGAGGAGUAG